AUGGGCGUCGAGAUAGGCCUCGGAAUAACCAUACUUAACAAGUGCAGUGGGUUCUACGGGAUUCUAGGGCUCCUUACGGGUCACCAGCUGGACUUUAUGCAAUGGGUUCUUUACCUUACUUCCGUUUUCACUCUCGUCGUAUAUUCCCUAGGGCUCACGACCGUUUACAAGCCCAAGCUGCAGACCUAUGCUUUCGUGCUCCUCACAUUCACCGCCGACACACUAAUAACGUGCUUUUUCACCCUGUGGUUUAGCGGAAUGUGGUUUGCGGCAAAGGAGUCCGAGCUCUCAGACCCCUCGUCGGCCACUCAGCAGACCAGCGGUGGAAUCAGUUCCGGUUCGAAGCUCUUGACUGCAAGAGGGGAGACUCUUAGCUCCCAAAGUGCCUCACAAGCAACAGAAUACUUCUUCACUAUCUUAGUGUCUCUUAUAGCCUUGGUUUCGCGCUUCUACUUUAACUUCAUCAUUCUAGCGUUCGUCCAGCGACUUUUCCGUCAUCCUAAAUAUUUGGUUGAUCAAGAUGAUGUUGACCAAGACUUGAAGCACAAAAAACUGUGGCAAAGAUGGUGGAUACGCGCUGAAAAUUGGAGCUACAGGGUGUGCCAUCAUUACUUGGCAUAA